GCACCUCCGACCAUCGGUUGAUGCGCUCUUUAUUUGUGUCUUCAUCCAUCUUGGAUCCGAACUUGAGAAGGGCAAGAGAAUCAGGAUGAUAAGUUUGCAGCGUGUUGGCCGACUUCCGGUUCGGACCCUUUUCACGGGCAAGAUCCAGCGAACUCCGACCGCUUUCAUUCACGCCACGGCUUUCAAGGCCACACAGAAGUUGGACGAGCUGUUUCCGAAAGUGGUUGAUUUCCCGGCUAGACAUAUUGGACCGAGAAAGUAUGAAGCAAGGCAAAUGCUCAAAGAGAUUGGAUUUGCGAGCUUGGACGAACUCACGGAUACUGCGGUGCCAGACGAGAUUAAAUUGGGACGAGAUAUGGACCUAGAAGAGCCUUACAGUGAAGUGGCUGUUCUGAAAAGAAUUCAAGACAUAGCGGGGAAGAACAAGAUCUGGCGAUCCUACAUUGGAAUGGGAUAUUACAACACCUGCAUUCCCCACACUAUCCUCCGUAAUAUGCUCGAAAAUCCUGGAUGGACCACCCAAUACACACCCUAUCAACCCGAGAUUGCGCAAGGGCGAUUGGAGAGCUUGUUGAACUAUCAGACCAUGGUGAGUGAUCUCACAGGGAUGCACAUUGCCAAUGCAUCCCUCUUGGAUGAAGGCACGGCUGCGGCUGAAGCCCUGGGUUUGUGCUUCAGGCAGAACAAGAGGAAACGUUUCAUUUUGUCGCAUAAGUUGCAUCCCCAGACCAUCAGUUGUGUCGAGACCCGAGCUUUGCCCUUCGGAAUCAAGAUUGAGAUCGGAAAUGUGUUCGAGGUUGACUUCUCGGGCAAAGACAUCUCGGGGGUAUUGUUCCAAUAUCCUGACACCGAGGGGAGCAUCAUGGACUUCACCAAGGUUGUGGAACAAGCCCAAGCUAAUGGGACUUUGACUGUAUGUGCCACCGACCUCAUGGCCUUGAGCAUCAUGAAACCCCCGGGUGAGUUUGGUGUGGAUGUGGCUGUCGGAACCAGUCAAAGAUUUGGUGUCCCUCUGUUCUAUGGAGGUCCUCACGCCGGAUUCUUUGCCACGAAAGAAAAGUACACGCGACACAUCCCCGGAAGGAUGGUGGGCGUGACGAGGGAUGUGAAUAACAAGGAUUGUUUGAGGUUGGCCCUCCAAACUCGAGAGCAACAUAUUCGAAGAGACAAGGCCACUAGUAAUAUUUGCACGGCUCAAGCUCUUUUGGCGAACAUCUCGGCCAUGUAUGGCGUGUACCACGGACCUCAAGGCAUUGAAAGUAUCGCCAAGAGGAUCCACCACGCCACUUUGCUUUUGGCCAAGGGACUCUCCGAAUCUGGGAAUGAAGUUGAAAACGGCCUUUUCUUUGACACCAUCAAGGUUCAGCCGAGAUUGGACCAGGCCGAGAUUAAACACAGGGCCAUGGAAACCUUAAUUAAUCUCCGUUAUUUUGAAGAUGGAUCCGUGGGAAUCUCUUUGGAUGAAACCACGACUCGACGAGAUGUCGAGGAUUUAUUAUGGGUGUUUGCUUGUCCCAAGACAUUAAAUCAAAUUGCCGAAUCGUUCACUUCCCCCGCUUAUUUGGAAGGUAGCAUCAAUGAUUCUCCCUUUCAACGAACCUCAGAGUUCAUGACCCAUCCCAUCUUCAAUACGCACCAUUCGGAAACAGAAAUUGUGAGAUACAUGAAGAAGCUGGAGAACAAAGAUGUCUCGUUGGUGCACUCCAUGAUUCCCCUGGGGUCUUGCACGAUGAAAUUGAACAGCACGACUGAGAUGAUGCCUUGUAGCAUGCCCGGAUUUGCCAAUAUGCAUCCCUUCGCCCCAACCGAGCAAGCCUUCGGCUAUCGAACUCUUUUCGAAGAACUUGAACGAGAUUUGUGCGAAAUCACCGGUUACGAUCACGUUUCUUUCCAGCCCAACAGUGGUGCUCAAGGGGAAUAUGCUGGGUUAAGAGCCAUCAUGUCUUACCUGGCCUCCAAGGGAGAGGUAGAGCGGAAUGUGUGCCUGAUCCCUCUUUCUGCCCAUGGAACCAAUCCAGCUUCCGCGCAAAUGGCUGGGAUGCGAGUGGUUCCCAUUGACACUUCGACCAAUGGCGGAAUUGACAUGGAUGACCUCAAGGCCAAGAUCGAACAAUACUCGUCUACUUUGGCGUGCAUCAUGAUCACUUAUCCAUCGACCAACGGCGUGUUCGAAUCUACCAUUGCCGAAAUCUGUGACUUGGUCCAUGAUCACGGUGGUCAGGUCUACUUGGAUGGUGCCAACAUGAACGCACAAGUCGGCCUCUGUCGUCCCGGUGAUUAUGGCUCGGACGUGUCCCAUUUGAAUCUGCACAAGACGUUUUGCAUCCCCCAUGGUGGUGGAGGUCCCGGUGUGGGUCCAGUGGCGGUAAAAUCGCAUUUGGCACCAUUCUUGCCCUCCCAUCCUGUGGUUCGAACUGGGUCUCAUUCCCGCAUGGGCAAGAGUGCCAGGCCUUUUGGUGUGGUCAGUGCGGCGCCAUUCGGAUCGGCUGCCAUCCUACCCAUUUCUUGGGCAUACAUUAAGAUGAUGGGAGCCCGGGGGCUUUUGAGGGCAACGCAGAUUGCCAUCUUGAAUGCCAAUUAUAUGGCUCACCGCCUUCAAUCCCAUUAUCCAAUUUUACAUCGGGGCGACAAGGGUGUGGUUGCUCACGAGUUCAUUGUCGACCUAAGACCCUUAAAGAAGACCUCGGGCAUUGAGCCCGUGGAUGUGGCUAAACGUCUCAUGGAUUUUGGGUUUCAUGCCCCAACCAUGUCUUGGCCAGUGAGUGGUUCUUUGAUGAUAGAGCCCACGGAGUCAGAGACCAAAUCCGAACUGGACCGUUUCUGCGAUGCCAUGAUUUGCAUCCGCCAAGAGAUCCGAGAGAUCGAGGAGGGCAAGUUUGACCGAGAGAACAAUCCGUUAAAGAGAGCCCCACACACGCUCAACCAGAUUUUCGCUUCCACUUGGGAUCGGCCUUAUUCCAGAGAACGGGCUGCUUUCCCGGCUCCGUUUGUUUUGGCGGACACGAAGUUGUGGCCCAGCGUGGGACGAAUUGAUGACGUUCACGGUGACAAGAACUUGGUUUGUUCCUGCCCUCCCAUGGAAAACUACGUCUCUCCCAACAAGAUCAGCAAUCGACGGAUCGAGGAUAUUCUUUCCUAAUGGGUCAAGAUUUAAAAGAUGUAAAGAUGAACUAGAAGAGCUUUUAAGGUUUUGCUACCCAGCAGAUUCCAGGAUUAACGGAUGAUGAGUGACAGAAAAAAAACACUUUUUUGAAAGCUUCUUAUAUUUUUGCAUGUACUCUUAUUCUAGUGUAAUAAGCUCUAUGUUGGUUCAACUUGCAUAAAAUUUAUCAAACAGCA